UCUGUGCUCACAUGUACCAUGCGUACAAAAUACAGGAGUAAAUAAGUAAUACACAUGCUUUUAAUAAUACCUAUUUUUUUAACAAAAAGUUGAGAAACAGUGUGGAUUAUCAUGGCUUUUAGCACGCUGCCAUUUAAAUCAAAUUAUGCUGUGUCCAGCAAAAUCGAGCCGUUUUACAAGGGAGGUAAAGUACAGAUCAGUCAAGAUGAACAAUACAUUUUUUGCACAUGUGGACCACGAGUCAACGUUUUGCAAAUUGACACAGGAAAAAUUAUCCAUAGCAUCGAGCAGGAUGAUCAGGAGGACAUCACAUCAUUCUGUCUUAGUCCUGAUGAUCAGAUGCUUGUCACCGCCAGUAGGGCUUUGCUUCUGAAGCAGUGGGAUUGGAAGCAGGAGAAUUGCAAUAGAUCAUGGAAGGCCAUCCACAACGUGCCGGUGGCCAGCAUGACGUUUGACUGCACCUCCACUCUGCUGGCUACAGGUGGUUGUGAUGGCACUAUAAAGCUCUGGGAUGUUUUGAAGCAGUAUUGCACCCACAAUCUCAAAGGAUCUUCUGGAGUUGUGCAUCUGGUUGAGUUCCAUCCAGACAUCAGCAGGCUGCUGCUCUUCUCCUCUUCAAUGCACUGUGGCAUUCGUAUAUGGGACCUACGGACCAGCAAGUGUGUUUGUGUUCUUGAGAGCCACUACAGUGCCGUUACAUCUUUGGCUUUCUCUCCGGAUGGCCAGACUCUGGUCAGUUCUGGCCGAGACAAAAUAUGUACCGUGUGGGACCUGAAGGAGAAGAAAGUGAAGAGAACUGUGCCUGUUUAUGAGGCAGUGGAAGGUGUUGUUAUUCUGCCUGAGAAGAGCCAUUACUCUCAGAUGGGUGUGAAGAGCAACGACUUAUACUUUGUCACAGCUGGCAGUAAAGGUGUUCUUAGAGUGUGGGAGUCCAGCUCAGCACGUUGUGUGUUCACUCAGACCUUCCCUGAUGCACCUGCUCUCAGCACAGAUGAGGGUGAUCUGAACCCACGGUGUCUGGUGCACUGCCUGCCCAUGCUCCAAUCCGACAGACUCGUCACAGUCACAGCAGAGCACAACAUCCUCAUCUAUCAGCUGCCCUCUGUCACAGUUCAGCAGCAGUUUGUUGGCUACAAUGACGAUAUCUUAGACACAAAGUUUCUGGGGAAGGAUGACACCCACAUUGUUGUGGCUACUAACAGCUCUCAGUUGAAAGUCUUUGAAUUGGCCACCAAUAGCUGCCAGAUAUUGUAUGGACACACAGAUACCAUCUUGUCUAUAGAUGUGUUUCGAAAGGGCUCCAUGUUUGCAAGCUGUGCGAAGGACAAGAGCAUUCGGUUGUGGAGUAUGGAUCCUGAGAGCGGCCGUGUGCACUGCGUGGCUCAGGGCAGCGGACACUCUAAUGCUGUGGGCUCCAUUGCCUGCUCCAGAUUGAAGAAUAUCUUGCUGGUGUCUGGCAGUCAGGACUGUACUGUUAAGGUUUGGGAUGUGUCGGAGACUCUGUCUGAUGCAGGGUGUGAACCAGCAGUGAUGAAGGCUCGACACACAGAGAAAGCUCAUGACAAGGAUGUGAACAGCGUGGCCAUCUCUCCCAAUGACAAACUUUUGGUGUCCGGCUCUCAAGACCGCACGGCUAAACUCUGGUCUUUGCCUGAUAUGAGUUUGUUGGGGGUUUUCAGAGGUCACAGUCGGGGCGUCUGGUGUGUGCAGUUCUCUCCUGUAGAUCAGGUUGUGGCCACGGCCUCGGCCGACGGCUCCAUCAAACUCUGGGGCAUUCAUGACUUCAGCUGCCUCAAGACUUUUGAGGGCCACGAUGCUUCUGUGCUGAAGAUCAUAUUUGUCAGUCGAGGUACUCAGUUGGUGUCAGCUGGUUCAGAUGGGCUGGUGAAAUUAUGGACUAUAAAAACAAACGAGUGUGUGAAGACAUUCGACGCACACCAGGACAAGGUUUGGGCUCUGCACGGCAGCGGCAGGGAUGACAUGAUGGUGACCGGAUCCGCCGACUCCACCAUCACCAUCUGGAAGGAUGUGACUGAGGUGGAGCUGGAAGAGGAGCAGGCCAAACAAGAAGACCAAGUCCUCAAGCAACAGGAGUUGGCAAAUCUCCUUCAUGAGAAGAAGUACGUUAAGGCUCUAGGUAUUGCCAUCUCUCUGGAUCAACCACACACUGUCCUCAAAGUCAUCAAAGAAAUUCGCCAGCAGGACAGUGGCGUACCACAGCUAGAAAAGACCCUCCUGAAACUCCGUCAGGAUCAGAAAGAGUCGGUGUUGCGGUACUGUUUGGUGUGGAACACUAACUCCAGGAGCUGUCUGGAUGCUCAAGCAGUUCUUCAGGUGCUCCUCACACAUGUCACCCCAGAGGAGAUAUUGCAGUACCAAGGGGCUCGUACUCAUCUCGAGGCCCUCAUCCCGUAUACGGAGAGACAUAUUCAGAGGAUUGGCCGUCUCCUGCAGUCUUCCAUGUUUUUGGAUUACACGUGGCAGAAAAUGCGUAUCACGGGAGGUAUAGAGAGUUUGAGCUUGGAUGAUGAUGAGAUGGACACAAGGGAUCAAGACAUCUUCAUUAUAGACAAGAAACCGAUAAGGAUGGAACACGAUCAAACAAAUGAGCGACGAGAAGCUGACGAGGACGAUGAAGAUGCUUCAGACAAUAGCGUAGUAGAGCAUAUUGACGAAGAUGAUAGUGUUACUGCAUGUAAAAGUGCCAAUGUAGGGAACAAGAACAAGGGUCAGAAUGAAGGUGAAGAGUCCAGUGAGGACAGUGAAGAUGAGGAUGAUAUCAUGGAAAUGUCCACUUUUCCACCUAAAUCUGCAGUCCCCGCACACUGUAUAACAGCAUCUAUAAGGUGAUUGGCUGAUUGAGUUGUCAGUCAUGACCUCUUAUUCCUGUACUGGACAUUGAAUUGAUGGACCAUAUCUGAUCUGAAGAGAUCCAGGGAAUCAUGUUGCUAGUGUUUCUCAGUUUGCCUUUUAUAAUUCUUCAAUUUGUUAUUGCAGCAAUGCUUUGACAUAACAAAAGUAACAAAACAAUAAUAUUUUCAUGUAGUUGAACUGUUAUUCAUUUCAAUAAUGUUCCUAUCUAUUGGAAAAGAAUAAUAAAUUGUAUUACGUUC